GAGAUGACUAUCGCGAACUAAUUGAAUUGUCAGUAAUAUAUUUGGGCGGCGAUAAAGAAAAAAAAAUCAAAAUUAAGCCUCCUGGUGCCAUGCACCAAGCGCGGUGGAUGGCAAGAGCUAUUUACGCUAUAAAGAUGUUGUUGCUGCAAGAUCAAUUAAAAAUCAGUGUCAAAGUCAAGCGAGCAUUGCAAGAUGUUUCUUUAUUCAUCGCGACUUCUUAUGUAAAACCAUGGCUUCAGUGCAAUAUGGCAGUUAAAGCUCCUCACCAGGAUUUGUGCUUUCUGAAAACCUUGAAGAGGUAUGAAGCAAUUGAUAAGGCAAUUUCAAAAGCGGCUUUAGAUAAAUUCUGCAAACACUUGUGGUAUUUGACGGAUGAGGUUGCGAUUAUGGCAAUUUUCGACGAAGAAGUAGGUGUUGAAGUGAAAAUGAGGAUGGUUUCUAAACUAGAGUGUGAUAACGAGAAGCCGCAUCAACAGGAAAAAAGAUAUAUUCCAUCUAAACAAGAAAUGGCUAAAACUUUAUUUAGUAAAAGCAUGGAUGAUUUCGUGUCAACAAAGAGUAAAGACUUGUUUACUCGCUUGAAAAUUGACACCAGCUUUUUGAGGGUCCCUGUUUUCAUGUGGAACCAAGAUGAUGCUUAUUUAAAUGCUUUAUCUAAAAUCUCAAAUCUUCGAGCUGUAAAUGAUACAGCAGAAAGGGCGGUUAAGCUGAUGCAAGACUUUCACGGAUUAAUAACGGCGGACGAAGAGCAAAAACAAUUUCUAUUGCGUUGUGUUCAGGAACACAGAAAGCUUUAUCCUGACUGUAAAAAAGCUACUUUGCGAAAAAUGUAUCCCAAAUAAGUAUAAUAUAACUGUAUUUCAUGAUUAUUAUGUUGAUUUGAACUUAUUUUCCUAUUUGUUUUUGAAUUUUGGAAUAAAAUGGGAAGUACGAGUUUAAGGUGCGUACUAAAAAAAUUGACACAACUUUAAAGCCAAGUCGGCACGGGUUCCCGUUGUAACAAAGGUUGGAAAUUUCGCAGGUACGUUUUUUAAAGCAUUUCUAAUAAUAUUGAGGGGUAUGCGUUCCAAAAAAAAAAAAUUUUUUUUUUUGCUCAUAUAAGGGACACCCUAAUA